AUGUAGAGCUCUCUCGUUGAUAGAAAGCUUUCUAUCCUUUACGAUAAGUAUAAAGACAGAGAAUAUGUCAAAAACGCUCAAAAGGAAGUAGAAGACAUCAGAAGAACUGCUAACUACACCGGUGCAGCUAUUACUACUGGCGCUCUUGUACUUAACGAAGCAGUUAGACUCACAAAAAGAUCUCCUCUCUUCAAAUUGAAGGUACAAAACCUCGCCUUCUGGGUAGUCGCUCCAACACUAGGUGCUAGAUACUUCUACGAGAACCAUAUUCAUGAAAGAGUUGACAACCUUUGGAGAAUUCAUGUCAAUAGAGAGAGGCAAGGAUUGGGAGGAACCUACAAAGAGAGUGGACUAUAUGAUGAUAAGAUGAUUGAUCAUACCGCCAGAAUCUAUCAAGGUGCUUAGAUUAGUAUGAGACAACUCGUAACUGGAGAGAUUUUGAAACCCUAUCUAAACAAUCAAUUCCAAAGAUUCAACAAAGGAAUUGAAGCUUACCCAGAUUUCUUAGAUGAUAUGGAUGAUAUUGCUAUGGUUGAGUAUGAUAACUUUGAGAGACUUAAGCCAUACGCUGCAAAGGAAGGAACUACAGUUGGUUCUACUCCUAUUCUACCAAUUGAAGAUACUGAUACUAAGCCCUUCUUUUAUGACAUUCAGGGUGAGUCACUUUACACUAACCCACCUGACACAAAUUCCCCAACCAUUGAUCAUGGUAUUGAUGAGGAUGAUAUCUGGUCUUUCUAAAGAUCAGUGUAUAACUAAAUUGUUAUCAAGAAUCCAUAUACCAAGAAUAUAUUCGAUGCUUCCACUAAAUCUCAUGCUCCAUAUUGGGGAAAUAAGCUUCAAACACCAGCAUUCUACAAGGAUGAUAAAUUCGAAAAAUUCCUCUAUCAAUGGAACAUCAGACUCGGUCUUGAGCAAAUCAAGAUGAAGCAUGCUGCAACCUUUGUAAAGGGUGACAAAUAGUAAUAGAAAAACUUUAAGAAUGAGAUCAUGGCGUACCUAGAAUAGUCUCAAAACAAGCUAAUUGAGUAUGAUUUAAAGGAUGUUGUUGUCACAGAUCACAUCCAAAAGCCAAAGAGAUAUCAUACAAAUAAUUCUAAUGAGGAUCAACAAUUUUAUAACUAUCAAAAAUCCCUUGAAUCCUAUCUAGAAACUCCAUCAUAAAUCUCUGCUCCUCCAAAGGAAAAAUAUCCAAGAGGUUCUGCUCUCUAGGUUAUUCUUGAUCCAUUCGCUGGUCAAAAGAGAUUACCAAACGGAGCUCUUUUCUAUGAAGUCCAAGAAUCUGAACUGCUUCCAGUCAUCCACAACGAUGAUAAACUAAGAGCUGAGUGGGAAAAGCUCAAAGAGUUCAAUAGUGCUCCACUUGAAUUCUCAGAGGAAGAAUCAGAUGAGCUCCAGUAUAUUUUGCUUUAAGAUCUUGAAAAAACAAGCCCUAAUACCCUCGAUGAAUUCAAUGAAAUUCUUGAUUAAUAAUUCUCAGUCUUCAAAGAUGGUGAGACUUACAAUUUCGUAAAGGAUAUGAAAAAUGCCUUUGAAAAGGAUAUUGAAAAACCACUUGCUGAAAAAAUCUUCGAUACUAUUCCAGCUCACUAUUUCUGGGACAUUAAGACCCCAAGACACAAGCCAGUUUCUAUGAUAAAAAAUCCAUACAAUCCAUUCAGACAGUAUCCAUUCGAGUCAUUUUUCGAUCACAGAUCUUACGAAGAAUAUAUGGACAGAAGAGAGAAAAAAGAGAAUCUUAGAGAUGGUUUGUCACUCUACAGAAGAUAUUGA